GGAGUGGGCGGGGCGCGGGAGGAGCGGGCGGCGCGCAGGCGCGGUGGGGAGGGCGCGCACACGGCGGGCGGCGCGCAGGCGCAGUCGCGCGGUCGCCGCUCCCGCUCCGCGCUGAGGAGACGCCGCCAUUUUGUGAGGCCGCUGCCGCCGCGCCGAGCUCCCGCUCCCCUUUCCCCGCCGCUGCCGCCACCAUGCGUCCCGGCAUAAAGCUCUUCGUGGGCAACGUCCCCGAGGAGGCGACGGCGGAGGAGCUGAGCGAGCUGUUCGCCGGCGCCGCCGGGCCCGUGCUCGGCAUCGCCCUCAUGAAACAGUUCGCUUUCGUGCACCUCCGGGAUGAGGCGGCGGCGGCCCGCGCCAUCACCCAGCUCAACGGCCACCAGCUGCACGGUCGCCGCAUCGUGGUCGAGCCCUCCCGGCCUCGGCCCACCAACACCUGCAAGAUCUUCGUCGGUAACGUCUCGGCCGCCUGCACCAGCGGCGAGCUGCGCUCGCUUUUCCAGCAGUACGGCACCGUCGUCGAAUGCGACGUGGUGAAAGACUAUGCAUUUGUUCACAUGGAGAACGAAGCAGAUGCAAAGGUUGCCAUCGAAAACCUUAACGGGAAGGAGGUGAAGGGGCGCAGAGUGAACGUGGAGCUCUCCACCAACGUCCAGAAGAAGGGCGCGGGCCAGGCCCUGCCGCCCGCCCUCGGCCUCGACAAGAACAAGAGGAUCGGCCUGGAGUACCGCGAGAAGUUCCAGCCCAAGAUCGAGGGCUUCGACCAGCAGCGCCGGGCGGCAGACGCCGCCUUCCCCUCGGCCGCCACUGCCGGCUACACCUCCGCCUCCUCCCUGUACGAUUACCAGCAGCGCUUCGGCACCGGCGGCGCCGGCAAGUACGAGGCCUUCGAGGCGCAGGCCAGGCCGGCCUCCCCCUCCUACUUCGGGAGGGACCGCAGCCCCCUCCGGCGCUCCCCCACCCGGGCCGGCUACGCGGCGGUGACGCUCCCCAUGACGGCGCAGCCGGCCGCCUACCGCGCCCAGCCCUCCGCCUCGCUGGGGGCCACCUACCGCGCCCAGCCCUCCGCCUCCCUCGGCGUGGCCUACCGCCCGCAGCCCACCACCGGCCAGGCCGCCUCUUACCGCGCCCAACCCUCCGCCUCGCUGGGCAGCGCCUACCGCUCCCAGCCCUCCGUCUCCCUCGGCGCCUCCGGCGCGCAGCCCGCCGCCAACUCCCUCGGCUCCUACGGCGCCCAGGCCGCCGCCUCCUACGGCGCGCAGCCCGCCGCCUCCCAGCUCUCCGGCUACGGCGUCCAGUCCGCCGCCCUGGCCUCCUCCUACGGGGCGCAGGCCGCCUCCGGCUACUCCGCCUCCUACAGCGCCCAGGCCGCCGCCGCCGCCUACGGCGCCCAGGCCGCCGCCGGCCCUGCCGCCUCCUACGGCGCCCAGGCCGUGGCCACGCACGUGGCCUCCUACGGCGCCCAGGCCGCCGCCGCUGCCGGUCACGCCGCUUCCUACGGCGCCCAGCCCGUAGACGGUCAUGCCGCCUCCUACGGCGCCCAGCCCGGUGCCACGCUCUCGGCCUCCUACGGCGCCCAGGCCGUGGCCGCGCACGCCACCUCCUACGGCGCCCAGGCCGUGGCCGGUCACACCGCCGCCGCCUACCAGCCCGUGGCCGGCCACUCGGCCUCCUACGGCGCCCAGCCGGCGGCCGCGCUCUCCGCCUCCUACGGCGCCCAGCCCGCCGCCGGCCACUCCGCCUCCUACGGCGCCCAGCCCGCCGCCAACCUGCCCGCCUCCUACGGCAGCCAGUCCGCCGCCGCCGCGCUCUCCGCCACCUACGGCGCCCAGGCGGCCUCCUCGCUGGCCGCCUCCUACGGCAGCCAGGCCGCUGCCGCCUCCUACAAGGCGCAGGCCUCCGCCCCGCUGACGGCCGCCUACCGGGCCCAGGCCUCCGGCUCGAUGGCGGCGUCCUACCCGGCGCAGCAGGCCUCCUCCGCGUCGCUGGCGGCCGCCUACCGAGCCCAGCCGGGCAGCGCCUACGACGGGCCGAGCCAGCUGGGGCAGCAGGCGGCUUCCUACCUGGGCCUGUCGCAGGCCGCCGCCGUCGCACCGCCCUACGAGCGCACCCGCCUCUCCCCGCCUCGCAGCGCCGCCUACGACGACCCGUACAAAAAAUCAUCCGCUCUGGCAAAAAGGUACGGUUCCGAGCGCCGUCUGUCUGACCUCUCAGAUUACCGCCGCUUAGCGGACUCGCCGCUCGCGUACCGCCGGUCGCCGACAAAGUCCCCGAUGGAUUACCGCCGCCUUCCAGAAGCGCACGCCGAUUACGCCCGUUACUCGGGCGGCUACGGCGAUUACCUGCCCGCCACCCGCGUCCACUCGGGCUACCAGCGCCGCCUCUGAGCCGGGCGGCACCGGGACGGGGUGGGGGUUAAGGCCGCUUGCGUCGCCGCGGGCUCGUACUCGGUGCUGCGCCUCACCGCCCGCCGCCGCACCUGGCGCGGUUCGCCGCCUCCGGCCGUUGUCCCCGGGGCAGGGACGGUUAUUUUUUUAGCUGCUUUUUCUUUGUUCUUUCUCUUUUUUUGAGUUUUGUAGAAGGAUCCGCGGUUACGGUUGGAAAGAGUGCUGCGCUCCCGUGGGGGGAGCAGGCAACGGGCGCGCGGGUCACCAACCUCUGCCUCUGGCUCUCGCCAUAGCGUCGUGGAACCGUCUUUCACUCGAGGCACGCGUGGCCAUCGGCACCACUGGUGCUUGGUAGCGGUUUAUAACCUGAGCGAUCGCUGCCACCGAGCGGAGCCCGCGCUCUUUUAUACCACGAGUUCCCCUUUUUUGGGUUUAUUUCCCCCUUUUCCAGCAUCAGUCCGCGGCACAGCGCCGGGCUCAGCGCAGCAGCGAGGUUUUGUACGACUAAAUAAAUGCUGGGCUCUUCACCGUU